CCGCUCAUUCUGGAGCGGAGGCAGUGGCGGCAGCAGCUCCGGCGGGGAGGGGGCGGCCGAGGGAAGCCCGGCCCGACGCCACGAGUGACCCCGGGGCCGCCGCCAGCGCGGCAGCAGCGGCAGCGGCAGCAGCGCAGGCUCCGCGGGGUUCAUGGCCCCCGCGCUCGGCCGCGCCAGCCCGCUGCUCAGCAGGACCUAGGAGCGGAGCCCAGCGCCGCCGGCCGCAGGACCCCGGCCGCCGAGAGAUUUCUUCUGGGAACAUGGCUGGCCAGCACAUCCUUCCUCAAGCUUUAUAUCAGAGCAAUAUGCUGAAGGCUGUGAAGAUCAGAGAGAGAACUCCUGAAGAUCUGGUCAAAUCCCCCAAUGGAAUAAUUCACCACUUCAGAACUAUGCACAGAUACACCAUAGAAAUGUUCAGAAUGUGCCAGUUUUGUCCUCAGUUUCGGGAAAUACUUCAGAAGGCCCUGACUGACCAGGCCACCCAGACUUCACUGGAGCGCCAAAGAAAGCUGAACUGGUGCAUGGAAGUUAGAAAACUUGUGCCUUUGAAGACUAAUGGUGAUGGAAAUUGCCUCAUGCAUGCUGCAUCCCAGUACAUGUGGGGUAUUGAAGAUAUUGACCUUGUCUUAAGAAAAACAUUGUUCAGCACACUCAGGGAGAUAGAUACACGGAACUUCAAGCUCCGCUGGCAGAGGGAGGCAAUUAAGUCCCAGGAUUUUGUAGAAACAGGACUCCAUUAUGACACCCGAAACUGGGAGGAAGAGUGGGAAUACCUCAUUGAAAUGACAUCCCCGGAAACAUCUGGGGCUCGAAACAGGCUUCCAUAUAAUGCACUAGAAGAAAUCCACAUCUUCAUCCUUGCUAACAUCCUCAGAAGGCCAAUCAUUGUCCUUGCAGAUAAAGUGGUAAGAAGUUUAGAAUCAGGCUCCAGCUUUGCUCCUCUGAAUGUUGGUGGCAUUUACUUGCCUCUCCUUUGGCCAGCUGAAGAAUGCUACAGAUAUCCAAUUGUGCUUGGCUAUGACAAUAUGCAUUUUACACCACUAGUGACUCUGAAGGACAGUGGGCCAGAAAUCCGGGCUGUCCCUUUGGUCACCAGUGAACGAGGCAGAUUUGAAGACUUGAACGUGCACUUCCUGACAGACACAGAGGAGAGGGAGAAAGAGCAGCUGCUAAAAGACUACUUGAUAGUGAUAGAAAUUCCAGUGCAAGGCUGGGAUCAUGGUACAACUCAUUUAAUUAAUGCUGCAAAGUUAGAUGAAGGCAAUCUACCCAAAGAAAUCAACCUGGUGGAAGAUUACUUUCAGCUGGUACAGCAUGAGUACAAGAAAUGGCAGGAGAACACUGAACCUGCUAGAAGAGAGACCUGCUCCAGGAACAGACAGGAAUUGUCUUUUUCCCAGCUCUCCCUCUUAAAGGUGAAAUGUGAAACUCCGAAUUGCCCUUUCUUUAUGUCUGUGAACACCCAGCCCUACUGUCAUGAGUGCUUUGAACGGAGAUCACAGGGAAGUAAAGGAAGAAAGCAGACCUCCAAAACAGUACCUGAGAAGCCAUCAGCAGCUGGGUCAGGCUCUUCCCGUGGUGAAGGUUGUGAACCUGGAGGAUGGACGUCUGAAGAGCCUGUAACAGGACCUCGCUCUGCACCUCCUACUGCUCCGAGCCUUUUCCUGUACAGCGAAACUACUGCCAUGAAAUGCAGGACUCCAGACUGCCCAUUUACGUUAAAUGUGCAACACAAUGGACUUUGCGAACGCUGCUACAACUCCAGACAGCUUGGUUCUUGUAAUAAAUUGGAUGACCUAAGACAUUUAGACUAUGCCACGUGUAAGGUGUGCCUUCAGAAGGCCAAUAGGACCUUUAAUGGCAUGUGCAGCACUUGUUUCAAAAGGACUACAGAGCGUUCCUCAAAUGGAGGUCCUGGUUUUAUGCCUACGUGUCAUCAGAGGUCUACAUCUGACCCUUCCCAGAUAUCACAGAGUCUCAUUCAGCAUUCGUGCCAUCAGGUUCCCAACAACAACUGUGGCGAGCUACCACUGGCAGCGCUGCCCCAUGCUGUACAUGGUUCAGAGGAAAAGAGGGAGAGUAACCUCUGCAGGAAACCUGGCUGCAAGUUUUUUGGAACUCCUCAGAAUGAGGGCUUUUGCACACUGUGUUUCUUUGAGUACAGGGAAAACCAUGACAGUGCUUUGCUACGCCGUCAGAGGAGAUCUCAGAGGAAUUCUUCUGCAGCGGGUCAGUCUGGCAGCUCUGCUGCUGCCUUCCACAACACGGUUUCCUGCCAACGGCGAGACUGUGGUACCCUGGGUAGCACUAUGCUUGAAGGGUACUGUCAGAACUGUUUCAUUAAAGCCCAGAACCAGCGAUUUCAGGAAGCCAGAAGAACAGAAGAACAGCUUGUGAGACAGCCAGAAAGAACAGGACAGCACAGAGAUCUACAGCGAACGGCAUUGACUAGCCAGAAGAGACAAUGUGGUGGCGCUUCAUGUAGAAACAACUUGGCCUGCCGAAGUGAUGAGUUGUGCCCAGAGUGCCAGCGCCUCAGUCAACUCGUGCAGUCGGGGAAUCCUAGGGAUUCAUCUGCAGAAGAGACUCCAAAACAACGCUGCCGAGCCCCUGCUUGCGAUCACUAUGGCAAUGCCAAGUGCAAUGGUUACUGCAAUGAAUGCUACCAGUUCAAACAGAUCUACGGCUAGCAGCAAGGAAGAACUGGUAAAGAACAAGAAAAUGAUACCAACUACUUCCAUAACUGAAAUGGUGCUAUGUCCAAAACACUUAACAGUCCGAGGAGCAUAGGAGGGUGGGUGGGAAAUAUAAUCUGUCUGCUAUUGUUUCUGUUUAUUCCCAAGAAUGGGAAUAAAUAUCUACUUCCUGUAAACACUGCAUACAAGGACUGUUGAGAAGUACAGUUUGCUUUCUGCACAGAGCGUCUUUCACGACUACACUUUUAUAAUGCUGUAUUUAAUUCUUGGACUUCCCAGUGGGAAGUUUGAAGCAUUUAAAUCCAAAGAACUUCUCGGUUCUGCCUCUUUCUGCAUUUCGCUCUUACUCCCAGGCAGGGAGACUUAGCUACUGCUAGAGGGACAAGAACCCUUUGCUUCGGUGUACAUCAGUAAAAGGCAAGAGUUUCCUGAGAGAGAUCUCCAGGACAGGCUGAUGCAACCUGCAAUUGAAACUGGAUGAGGAUGUGUAAAGAAACGUGCUUUGGUUUGCCUGCUUCCUCGCUCGUGUUCUUAAAGAGCUUGUCAAGACUCUAGGUCUUGCAUGUUAAGUUGUUGCACUGAGUGGGACUGUGCUUGCGGAUACUCAGCACGUAGCAGUUGGAAACAAGACCAGCAGUUUUUUAACAUGCUUACUCCAAUGUUUAGAUCCUUUCUCAAAUCUCAAGAUAACUGGGAAGAUAUGUGAUUACAGAAGCAACUUCUACCAGUGUACGUGUGUGAUGGGAAAUCUGAAUCUUCCCAUUCCCAGCAUGCAUGGAAGAAGGGACAUCCAACAGACAUUUAAGAAAAAAAAACCCAAACUUAUCAUAGGGUUUUAUUCUGAAGCCAAAGCAGCUCUUUUCUGCUAUACCGUAGCUGUCCAAAAUACAUGUGCUGCUCUUAAUUCUCCCACUCUCCAUUUCUGUCACACUGUUUUCUGAUAUCCUGAAUGUGAUGCUGUUAUCAUACUAAUGGCUUGGAGCUUGGUAAUGUGGUACUCUAGGAUCAAGAUUUUACUCCUGGAGAUCAUGCUUCCAGUUCUCAAUCUGCAUUUCUUUCUUUAGCAGAUUUGCCUGCACCAUUGUAUCUGAUACCUACUUCUCUCAUCCCCUUUCACACUUUUUAAGUUUUCAGCAUCUAUUUUGCUGCUAUUAUUUUUGGAGGUGAUACCUCUUCUGAUUUACUUCUCAAGUUUAGAAUCUUUUUCUAGUUAUUAAAAAAAUUAAAAAUUAAAAUAAUU